CACACACACAAGUCGAACUCUAGGCCGCCGCUGGUGCUAGGUGCUCAUAAAGUAUGCUCCGCAGGUUAUUGAUCUACGCAGCGCCCAGAGCCUCCUCGGCGUUAUCCCGUGACAGUCCUCGCAGCGUGACCACCACCCUUUGCACUCGAAGUGUUGAUCUGGGAAAAAAACUCCACACAUUAUUUGUACCAGUGGUGUGAAUACGCGUGAGCCUGCUAUAGGUAUUUCCAGAGUAACAGGCUUAUAAGUAGAUAAUGGCCUCCUCAAUUCCACUUAUUUUACCUCAAGAUGUAGAACCUCUAGUCUCACAAGUUGCUGGCCAUGCCAAAGAUAAAGACAAGCGAUCGCCAGGAAUGCUAAAACAUAAGGACGGGUAUGUCUUAAAGCCUAUGUUGAAACCCGUUCAAGCAAAGACUGAAAUACAAUUUUAUGAAGGGUUAGCUGGAGCACCACAUGCAGCCCUUCAGCCAUUCAUUCCAAAGUAUUAUGGAAUUUCCCAUGUUAAAAUUGAAUCUUAUGAUGGCAAAGUAAUAAUUCUAGAAGAUGUUACUGGCACCUUCUGCAAGCCAUGUGUAAUGGACAUUAAGAUUGGAAAACAGACAUGGGACCCAUUUGCCACAGCCUCAAAGCGGGAAUCAGAGGAAAGAAAAUAUGUUGAAUGCAAAAAGCAGCUAGGGUUUUCUAUUCCUGGUUUUCAAGUGUAUGAUUCAAUAAGUAAUCACCUAAAAAAAUUUGACAAAAAUUACGGGAAAUCUCUAAAUGGCGAUACCGUGAAAAAUGCAUUUUCAAUUUUCUUAAAUUUGCACAAACCAAAAUGUGCAUUAAUGGCAGUAGAUGUAUAUAUUGCUGAAAUCCAAAAAAUAUUUGACAUCAUGUCACAACAGAACAAUGUUCACUUAUACUCAAGCUCAGUGUUACUUAGCUAUGAUUGUGAGCAGCUGGGUAAAAAUAUUGAUCCAUCACUGUGGUCACGUGUCCACAUGAUCGACUUUGCGCAUGCCUAUACCGGAGAAACCCAUGAGCAGGGCCCUGAUAAUAAUUAUCUAGAGGGAUUAAAAAGUCUUUUACAACUAUUGAAAAGUUUCAAGGAAUAGUCAAGAAAAACAAGUAUCAAUAUGUAGUAUCAAAUAAAGUAUUUUUUUAACAA